ACACUUUGGUUUGAAAUUAGUAUAUCAAACGUGACUCAACACAAAACAACACAAAACAACACAAAACAACACAAAACACAUACAAUUAAAAAGUAGUUUUGAUUUUGUAUUUAUUUGUGACUACACUUGAAUUGUCCACAUAAUCGGUAACCACUUUGUUGUCUGACCACAAUGUUUUUGACCCGAUCGGAGUACGACAGAGGUGUCAAUACCUUCUCACCCGAGGGACGACUCUUUCAGGUUGAAUACGCCAUCGAAGCCAUCAAAUUGGGUUCGACGGCAAUCGGUAUUCAGUCGAGUGAAGGCCUUGUGUUGGCCGUCGAGAAGAGAGUUACUUCAAGUCUGAUGGAAGUGGCGGCCACUGAGAAGAUAUCUGAAAUCGAUACACACAUUGGAUGUGCGGUCAGUGGUCUUAUGGCUGAUAGUAGGACAUUGGUUGAUAGGGCACGUGUUGAGGCACAGAACCAUUGGUUUCUGUACAACGAGAAGAUGUCCGUCGAGUCGGUAACUCAGGCCGUGUCAAACUUGGCCAUACAGUUCGGUGAUUCGGACAAUGAGGGAAAUGCUAUGAGUCGGCCGUUUGGUGUGGCCAUACUGUUUGCCGGCAUCGAUGAGAAAGGCCCUCAAUUGUAUUAUAUGGAUCCGUCGGGAACUUAUGUCCAGUGCGACGCUAAGGCUAUCGGUGCCGGUUGUGAGGGCGCACAACAAGCUCUUCAAGAAGGUUACCAUAAAGCAAUAAGUAUGAAGGAAGCGCUUAAAGUAUUGCUAAAUAUAUUGAAACAAGUGAUGGAAGAAAAACUGAAUUCAACUAAUGUUGAAGUGGCGACCAUUACGAAGGAAAAGGGAUACCUUUUGUUCUCUAAAGAAGAAGUGGAAACAGCACUCGCAGACAUUGCAUCCACUUCUUAACUGAUGACAAUGUUUUAUGUUUAUUAUUAAAAUAACAAUAAUUUUCAUAUUUUAUUAUUGCUGUAUAACAUU